AUGGGGCUGAAGGAUGAAAGCGGGGAGAUCUCCCUGAUCUCCCUGCGGCUACACGGUCAGGCAUGUUUCAGCAAAGAAAGCGACUCGGGCUUUGUGCGGGAGCUGUCAGAGCACCCCGGGGGCGGCUCCUUUAACGCGGAGCAGCGAAGGGGCGUGGCCUACGAGGAGCAGGAGGCCCAAGCACCUGAGUAUGAUGUGGUACUCUGCCUCAGUCUCACCAAGUGGGUACAUCUGAACUGGGGAGAUGAGGGGCUGGAGCGCAUGUUUCGCCGAAUCUACCGGCACCUACGCCCUGGUGGCAUCCUGGUCCUAGAGCCCCAACCUUGGUCGUCCUACGGCAAGAGAAAGACUCUCACUGAAGCAAUCUACAAGAACUACUAUCGAAUCCAGCUGAAGCCAGAGCAGUUCAGUUCCUACCUAACAUCGCCAGAAGUAGGCUUCUCCAGCUAUGAACUGGUGGCCACACCCAAAAACACCUCCAAAGGUUUCCAGCGUCCGGUGUACCUGUUCCGCAAGGCCUCUUCCCCUAGCCACUAAGUGGUCUCCUGAACAAAAAAGGAAGAAGCUGCCCGCUGCUCCUGAGAAC